AUGCCACCUGUUAAGCAUUAUUCUUCUAGUGAAGUGAAUCAGUAUGAAUUAUCGACCCGAUUAUUAUCUCUAACAGAAAAUAAUACAUCUUAUACUCUUACACAAAUAAACGGACAACGAAUUUAUAGGAAGGCUCCUCAUGCGUGGACAGGACCAGAACCUUCGAGGAAUUGUGAGGUAUUCAUCGGCAGGAUUCCGCACGACUGCUUCGAAGACACGCUGGUGCCGUUGUUCCGGCAGGCGGGCGAGCUGUUCGAGUUUCGCCUCAUGAUCAACUUCUCUGGCUGGAACAGAGGGUACGCAUUCGCUAUGUACACCACAGACGCGGAGGCGAGCAAUGCCAUACGCAUGUUCAACAACUACAUGAUUCGACCUUCCUGGCAACUGGGCGUGUGUCCAUCGAUCAACAACUGCCGCAUAUUCAUAUCGCGUAUCCCGCCGACGACUCCAUCGACGGAGAUCGUCCGCCUGCUGUACGCUCUGACGGACGAGGUGCAGGAGGUGCGCAUCCGGCGCUCCAUCGCGUCGUGCGCGGCCAUCGUGGAGUACAAGUCGCACCGCGGCGCUGCCAUGGCGCGCAAGGCGCUGGUGGCGGCGGCCGCGGCGGCCUGGGGCUGCGGCGCGCGGCCCGCCGUCGACUGGUCGCUGCCGCAGUCGCCGCAGCUACUGAAGCAGUAUCGAGAGGUGGGUCGCUGGACCCCCGAGCGCGGCGUGGAGCUGACGCGCGCGCCCGAGGACGCGGCCGCGUCGCCGCCACCCGCCGCGCCCUCCUACACGCUGGAGCCGUGGUCGCAGGCGCGCCGUCUGCGCAUGAUCCACGAGGCGCAGCGCAACGCCGCCGCCGCCGCCGAAUGGUCGAACCGUAUCGCCAACGGCAUGGAGUCGCUGGUGUCGUCGAUGGGCGCGCUGAGCCUGAGCAGCAGCGGGCUGGGGCUGCAGGCGGGCGAGCGCGCCGUGUGGGCGCCGCCCGCCGCGCCGCCGCCGCGCCCGCCGCCCGCCAGGGACUUCAACGUGUGGACCGCGCGACACCCGCUGCAGGAGUUCAUACAGCCCACCAAGAACCAGUGA